AAAAGGUACAAGUGUAUACGUUAAUCAAAAUAUUCUUGUUUAAAUGUUUCUUGAUUCAUAUGCAAACAAGCAUGUAGUGAUUAUUUGGUACGCUUUACGAGAGCUUGUCAUUUCGGACAAUCAAGCGAGUACAGCCGUGAUUCCUAUAGUGCGUGAGGAUUUUAGCAAAUAGUGAAUAGAUAUUUGAAUCCCCAGGCAGACAAGGAAUCUAUUCCUUACAGUAGAUGGAGACUGGUGUAUCAAUACCAAAACGGAUAAAGGAGGUUCGACAUUGUCUUUUAGAUAAAUCCAUAUAGCCAUGGUUUACGGCAACUCACAAAUAAACCGUUCGUUCUUCUAUGACACGGAUAACUGCACAGUUUAUUUUACUUACUUUAGUGAAUUCAAUCGGCUAUGGGAAGGUGCUGCCUUUAUCGAAGCUGUUGUUAUGAGCAUUAUUUUUCUUUUGUCUAUUUUUGAAAACGGUAUCAUAAUAGGAUUUAUCUUCAAUUCUAGAAAAUCCCGAACGGUGACAAACUUUUUCGUUUGUAAUCUCGCAAUUGGGGAUAUUUUAUUUGUAUCCUCAGCGCCUUUGGUUGCUUACGUCAGAAUUACCGGCACGUGGUACCUUGGAGAUGGAAUGUGUCAUUUGUUGAAUUAUGGGAUGUUUGUCUGUUCCAACACCAUGAUCUGGACAAUGGUGGCAAUAAGCAUUGACCGAUAUAUUUGUAUCGUCAUAGGCAUACCGACAUCGAGACGCUUGGUACCAGUACAUAUAGUUUUAAUUUGUGCUGGUAUCUGGCUAACCACUUCCUGUUGUUUCCUUCCGACGGCAUUUUUCUUUCAUCUGCAAGAUAUACAUUUAGAUCACGGUGUGAUAACAUUUUGCACGCUAACCUGGCCAAGUGGGCAUAUACACUAUUCGGUACUCUUUACAACAAUGUUACUACUACUUGGAUUUGGACUUCCCGUAUUAAUAAUAUCACUUAACUACUACAGAAUAUUCAAAAAGUUUUGGUCAUCAAAAAGAGCCAUUGAUACACAAAAUGUAUCAGGAAUCCAGCGAUGCACUCGAACAAGGAAAAGAAAAGAACAGAGAAUUGUUAAGACUCUAAUUCUGCUGGUUGUGAUAUUCGUCUUAAUGUGGCUACCGAUUGUCAUCGUCUUCAGCAUGAUAAGAGAAGAUAUUGAAAACGAAAGGAAUGAAAUGCCGUCCUACGGAUUAACCUGGGCCCUAAUAAUCGCCUAUCUUAACCCGUGUGUUAAUCCAUUUCUGUACGGUUUCAUGAACGAAGAAUUCCUCCGCAAAUUACGUUAUUGUAGACAGUACAGACAGUCGAAUGAACAGACCGCUGUAAGUAGAACCAAUCUACGCGAAGGCCAGACUAGUGCAUCAAACUUGUAACAGCAUUUUAAAAUUUUCACUCUUAGUUUUAUAUGGAAAGAAAAUAACGUUUAUUUUAAAAUGAACAACAUUGGUGCAAUAACUGUCUGCAAGAUUUCAAGUGUGAUAUCACAAAAAGGACAACAUAAAGCAAAUGGCAUCGUUUGAAAAAAAUCGGCAAUCAGAACUUCAAAAAGAAAAUCAAAUAAUAACCAAAGUCUUUUUUCUCAUCGGAAAGACUAAAUUUGCAUGGAUACGAUGAGAUUUUUCACUAGAUAUUUUAAUUAAAUUUGGAAAGAGUAUUUGCUUUAUUUCCAAAUGUGGUUAUGACCCGAAUAAACGCACAAAAAUAACAUUUAAUCCUUUAA